UUGGACUCCCCAUAAGAAGCACACAAUCAUUGUGGGCAACUCCAUUCAUACUUGCAGCACAAUUCUGCAAAGCCUUUUGGAUAGGCGGUCGUUUGUUUCAUCUCUCAAAAGGUAUUUCUUGUAAGCUAUGAUUCUUUAACAGCAAGCAAAUAUAUGGAUGUACGAUAACAUAGUAAACAUAAAGAAAGUGUGCUACAGUUAUGCUCCCAAUGAGCUUAGUGUAUGAAACGACGUGAAUUGUUUAUGUGCUCAUCGUAAACUUUAUUAUUGUGCAAUAAUCAAUACAGCUACUGGCAGAAAGGCAUAUACGAUGAGGCAGAGACCUCGAUCGAGUGACGUUAUGUCCUUCAAUCAUAUCUUCAUACUAGCAGUCUUGGGUUGUUGCAUAUCUGUAGAUGCCGGUGAAAGAUGGUCAAGACAACUUACCGAAUUUACUAGCGGAACUGCUCCUGGAAAUGAUUGGAUACCUCUGUCACGGUCGAACGAGCGGCAACACGUUGCCCGCGUUUUGAACUACUUUACCGCACCAACCGGUCCGCAGCAGCAACCAUUUCUCAGUCCGGACAACACAGCCCAAGCGCAGCAACACCAUUUCACCUUCUUAAAUCACCAGUUUCCCCAAUCCAAUCGCUUUGUGCUCCAGCAACAACCGCAAUUGCAAGAAUUAAGAGAUCAUCAACAAUUUCAAUUGUCUGGAUUUAAUCAGGGUACAGCUGACCCUAGCAGGCAGCCGAUCUUUCAUCAAAGAGCACCGGCCUAUGUUGGUCAAAUGAUUCAGCAUCCCCCACCACCACCACCACCAUCAGCACAAGCAUCUUCUUCGAAUCCAUUUGAACAACAGUUCUUUUCCAAGGAUCCACUGGCAGAAACACUGCAUACCGAGGAAGAAAAGGCAAAGACACAUGUCGAGCAACCAUUCUCGUACCAACACAUUCGCCAACCAGAACAGGAUGAUCGUCAGUUACCCCAUAAAACUGUGAACGUGCAUACUAACUCGAACGCUGGGGCUCCUGUUUCCCAAGAAGAAGUACAGCUGCUCUACGUACCAGUGGAAACCUUGUUCAAUCAAAAAUCUGGCUCUCAUUCGCCUUCAGCAUCCGUCGAAAGCAAUCGUUUCAAUAGCUUUCCGCAGCCAGUGAGUCCUUCGUUGAUCAAUGAAUUCUAUACGGCAGGCACAACCACCACCCCGCCACCUAACUCUGACCGUACCUUUUCACCUUUGCGGAGCUUGCCCUACACCGUUGCCCCAACACAAUCUUCUCAAACAUUACAACCGUCUCCAACCACGAAGCCAAAACCGAAUCAACCGCCAUUGGCAUUGUUUUUGUUUAAUGACGGCCGACAUGGAAAGCUAUCUACAAACGAGGUACUAGGAAAUUUAAAGAACAUUAACGAAAUUGCAGUAUUGGAUGCAGUGAGUAAAAAUAGUCCGAAAGUAUUUAUAGGACCAUCUGGACUAACACCACCAAAAAGUUAUUCUCGUUAUGACCUGCCUUAUUUGUCAAGCGUUGAUCAGUCUACAAACAGAGCCAAUCGAAAAAUUGACGAACAUCCAUUCUUUGUGGCUCCAUUGAGUUACAAAACUCCGGCUGGAUACACUAAGAUCGCACUUCCUGCUCCACAUGUUGGCUCAAUCAUCGUGCGCCAGAGCACCACCAGCAACUCUUUAGACCAAGGAACACAGUAUAUGCGACCUACAUCGCAGAACAACGUGCAAUAUUACACUCCAUCUACGCUAAAUUUCCCAGACACUGUGACGAAACAGCCUUCAAGGCAAGUCCACGAUGCUGAUGAAUAUAUUACGCCGACGAGGAAGACUUCGCCCUCGCAGGGACAAUUUAGUUCACAUACUCAGAACCAGAACAUAUCUCCAACACUUCCGAGCCGCAAUUCGCCCGUCGAUGAGGAAUAUUUCAAUUUAGCAAAAACAAAAAAGCCUACGGUCAACCCACCUACUCAGAAACCCAAUUACUCUCUCAGACCUUACGGUACUGGUAGCAUGCGACAAUUUGACUUCAAGCCGAUGCCAGAACAGAAAAUUCCUUCAUUCUAUGAUGCGUCGAACGAUGGCCAUACAACGACCCCUAUAACAACGACCUCUUAUUUUACUACGACUACGGAAAAACCGUCCACAAAUCCGCAAACGCAAUUCGACGUGGAACGUAUAAGAACACAUUUUCGUGAAGAAAACUUCCGUAGCCGCCGUCCACAGCAGCAACAGACAUCUACUGAGCGCUAUGAUCAAACGGGGAUCAGUGUGGAAUCCUUCAAGGAAACAGAUUUCGUGCACAAAUUUAAACUAGUUGAUUCCGUGCGGGCAAGCCAUACUAAAUCGAUAGCCGAUAAUGGGUACUCGCACUUUUUCCAAAACCCACCCCGCUCCUCUCAAAAUGAAGAAGUUACUAAAACAACUUCGACAACCAUUUUACCCGGAAGGGGCUUAGAAAGUCAAGCAAUACGACAUAGCUACUACGCAGCUGCUGCAGCUAUUGGGGAGGAGCAAGGAUCGGCAAGACAAAAGUAUGUGAGCACCUACUUCAGUCCAGAGCCAUCGACAACAGCUGGAACGGUUCCUCCACCGACAGCUACUACCACUCUUACGACUCAAGAUGCUUUCUUCCGUGAAUUUGAGCAAAAAAGUAAAUUCUAUGAGCGCGAGCCAAAAUAUGAAAUGCCAUAUAGGUAUGAAACCGAUACAUUUAGCGAAUCUCAUCACUAUUCUGCUGAUACAACGAAGCCGGUCGAACCAACGACUGCCUCUGUAGAGGCGGCGAUUGGUACUACUGCUGAUCAACAGCAGUAUAGUAUUCCAUCCGAACUUCCACCGAUCAGUGCCAAUCUACCUGGUCUGGUGAAUGCAUUAAUGGACGAUCCUUGGGCUGUACAACCAAAGGACAGCAGAACUAAAUCCACGGAGGCAUCUAAUUCCGCUGUCGGAGCAAGUCGAGCUCCGAAUUUCCGCAAACAGCUUCAUCGAACAACAGCACAACCGUCAUCGCAAGAGUUUUACGAUUCAGAACCAUUAACAACAACCACAAAGAGACCACUGCAACGUAGUCGUCGACCACAUCCUUCCCGAACCACGACCGCAACACCUGAAUAUACGGGAGCACAAACGAGUAGUUCUAGGUCGCCAAUUUCACGAUCACGUUCACGCUAUGUACCGAAUAACGAUGAACGACCAGCAUCAGGAAGAACUCGCGGACGUAGCCGAUUGAACACGCCCCGAGAACAAAUUAAACAAGAGGAAAACCUUGAUUAUCAACGGGAUGUUCUAAAACAAAAUUAUCCUGUCAUACGACCUCAAUCAUCUAACGGGCUCGAUAUAGCAACCACAGUUUUGACGACGACUGCACCAACCACACUCAGCUACAAAGCUACAAACGAGGCAGAUCUGGGCGAUCGAUUGAUUUCAACAACGCUCACCAAUGAAGUGCCGCUUGGAAUUGAGCCAGUUACACGCAAAUACUCGGUACAGUUAAGCGAGCAGCCUUAUGAAUCGGAAGUUAUUUUAACCACAGGGCAGCCGUUACAAACGACGGUCUUUUUCAGCCAAACAGACGAGCAUAUGGGAGAAGAAGUUGUGCCCUCUCAGGAUGUGAUUCCUUUAGAUAAGGGCAUAGAAACACAUCACUCCGAAAUUCCGCUCCGUUCGAAGCAGCCAUCUUCGACAGAGCCCACAGUGCACCAACACCAACAUUUUCAAUCAGUAACCGAAGUCGAGAAUAAAAUAACCGAAACUACCGUUCUUCCAAGGCACGAAAAUAUGGAGCUAAAAAAAAUAGAAACCACCCCCCGUUCUGGUCGUCGUCCCAAUCUGAUUUCUAGACAACAGCAGAGUUUGCAGUCUACUCGCACAACAUCCGAACGACCAACUACCGUACGUACUACUACUGCAGAAACGCCCAGAGCAGCUGGACACCGACCGGCUUUCGUACGUCGUCCUUCAAGAUUGUAUGCCACUACAUCCAUACCUCCAACAACAACGCUAACAUUGCCGACAGAACCGUACAAUGAACAAUCGACGCAAGGAUCAUAUUCCCUGCGUACUAAAAACCGACAAGAUAUACUACGAGGACGUACACGCCGACCGACGACAACGACAGCAGAGGCCCCAGCUGCAGCAACUACUGUCUCUUCGGAUCUUACAACACGUGUCUUUGGACGAGGGAGCAAUCAACGGCGCGUUUCAUCGUCAGUACGCACUCGACAGGAGCCAACCGUUACACCGAGUACACAACAAACACCAUCCAGCAGUGGACCUCGGUUUCGAAUACGCGAACGGACUCGGUUUACUUUGCAACCUCAAGAAUCACAAUGGUCUGCAAGGCUGAAUCAAAACUCUUUCCAACCAGUACUCAAGUCAGAAGCUCGCAGUACCGAUCCCAAGGUUGAAAAUACCUCCCAAGGCCCAGAAACGGAGAUUGUCACCGCCGCUCAAGACAGCGACGUUUAUUUAGUUAAUGUUUCCUCGAAAUAUAAGCAAACGGCCAGCGAAGAUGCAGAAUUUUCGGAAGACAGCACUGAGAAAAGUGUUUCUUCUUUUGCAGACCUUUUAAAUGAUGUAAUGAAGGAUUUCAUCAACAAGGACAAUGAAAAAGUUUUGCCCAAGGGUCAAUCUUUCAUAGAGGAAAGCAGCCAUAAGGAAUUAGGCGAAGAACCACGCCGAGCAUCUAACGUUCGUAACAAUUUUUUACGAAAACGCAAGCAACCGAAAGUGGUUGAUUCCUUCGAGACGGCCGAAUCACAGCAUAUAAAUCAUGCCGCACAGGUUUUAAAUAGUCCAAUGCACAUAAAAGAUUCUCUAAAAAAUAUUGAUCACGCUGGUCUCUCGGCAAAAACCAUUCAUCACCAUUCAGAUGGUAAUCAAAAGGCCUAUGAACAACCCGAAGACGAAGAAAAUACUGCUCAUGAAGAGACUACAAUAGAUUCGAUGAAAUAUCAUUUUGAGGAAGAAAUUCCAGUGAUAGAGUUUAGAAGCAAUGACACCCUAGGAGAUUCCGUUAAUUUUACUACUGCUUUGCCUACUGAAGAACUAUCAACAAUGAUAAGCGUGGAUCAAGCAACGACAAGUUUAUCCAUUCAACAGGAGAGUGCCACCGAGGGUGUAGCAACAGUUUCUGCAUCAAAUGAGGAUGCUUACAUACUGCCAGACAACAAAACCCAACAGGCUUCCGGUAUAUUCGAUGAUGUUAAAAAGAAAAUAUCAGAUUUGUAUGAAAUGGCCGAUAAUGAUUCCGAUACUGAAGAGGAAAUUGAUGGCGUACCGGGAACAGUAGAACAAGGCGCAGAUAUGGCUGAGGAUAUGUACAUUGAACCAACGGAUGAACCUUUGAUACAAGAAGUAAAGGAUGGUGGCAGUGGUGAUAUUAACGAUGCUGAAGCAGAUAUGGCUUCUAGUGAAACACAAUUCGAUUCGAUUGUAGCAGAUUCGGGGAUCGCAGAAACUCCGAAUGUAGAUCCAAUGGGAUCGCUCGUGAUCCCUACUUCCGUCUCCAGUGGUAUAACACAUGACACAGAAAUCUGCUAUCGUGGACGAUGCAUAAAGACAGAUAAAAAAGAUAAGACAGGAUAAAAAAACGAAAGAGCGGGGAGAACUAGCUAAGAAAUGGGACUAUGACAUAAGCUUGGUCGCGAUCGGCAAGCCACUAAUAACUUAUAACUUGAAUUCUCGAUCCGAGGAAGAGAAUUUCGGCUGUAAGUCUGUAACAAAUUGUAGAUUCUUAUUUAUUUUAGUGAUUAAUUAAAUAAAGUUCGCGUUGAAGCUAUCGA